GCAGGGGAAGCUGAGCCAUGCUGUCCACCGCCCUUCAGAUCCUGGCGUUCGCCCUGGCGCUACUGGGCGUCCUCGGCGCCACCGUGGCCACGCUGCUGCCCAACUGGAAGGUGAGCGUCAACGUGUGGGGGGGGGUCAUGACCCCCGUGUCGCGGAUGCAGGGCCUGUGGGUGGACUGCGUCUGGUUCAGCUCGGGGGUCUUCAGCUGCACGGUGAAGAGCUCGCUGCUGUCGCUGCCGCCGUGCCUGCAGGCCACGCGGGCCGCCAUGGUGCUCUGCUGCCUGCUGGCGACCUUCGGCCUCUGCCUGGCCUCCCUGGGCCUCAAGUGCACGCGCUGGGGGGGCAGCCGCCGGGCCAAGGGUCACACGGCCAUCGCCGCCGGGGGCUGCUUCGUCCUGGCCAGCGCCCUGGGCCUGGUGCCGGCGUCCUGGUACACCAACGAGGUGAUCGCCGCCUUCCUGGCCACGGACAGCAGCCGGUACCAGCCGGGGGGGGCCCUGUGCGUGACCUUCCUGUCUGCCGGCUUCCUGCUGGCAGCGGGGGUCAUCUUCUGUCUGUCCUGUCCCGGAAAGAGGACGGGGCGGACCGACCCCCCGUCCCCCGCCGAUCCCGAGCCCCCUGCUGCGCGCCCGGAGGACCGGCGGAGGCGGGGGCCCCCCCCGAAGAGGACCGCGUGGAACACCACGGUCCGGCUGCAGAGACCUCCAGAACCCGAGCGGGACCGGAAGGGCCGCAUGUCCCCCUUCAGACCCCCCCACAAAGACCUGAAGGACAGCUACAGCCUGCAGGAGUACGUCUAGUCCUCCCGGGGGGGGGGGGGGG